AUGGAAGAUGAAAGAAUUCAAGUUGCGAUAAGAAUUCGGCCAAUUGCCGAUUCUUCUUCAUCCGAUAAGAGAAUUAUAGAAAAAGUUACGCCAAAUACGCGUAUCGUCGAUGGUUGCAUGCAAGGUUACAACGGUACAUUAUUUGCUUAUGGACAAACUGGUUCUGGCAAGACCCACACAAUGUUGGGUCCAAACGGUGGAAAAAUUCUGGCCAAUGAUUUAUUUGAACAGCGUGGAAUAAUUCCUCGAUGUGUUGAAUAUUUGUUCCAAAAUUUGAACGAUUUAUUGCGAUGUACUUAUGUGCAACUAUAUCAGGAAACAUUUUUUGAUUUGAUGAAUCCAAAAUUUUCUCGAUUAACGCUUAGAACAGGGUUUGAUGCUGAAAAUUAUAUGUUAAACAAUGGUUGGGAAAAUCGACGUGUUGCUGGAACUUCAAUUAAUGAAGUCAGUUCGCGAUCGCAUGCUAUUUUUACUCUUAGGGUCAAGAUGACUUGCGCUGUCAACGAUAUAACUACUAUCAAAAAUUCAGUACUCAAUCUUGUUGAUUUAGCAGGUAGUGAGCGGCAGAAAUAUUCUUUAGUAAGAGGCGAACGUGCAAAGGAAGCAUCCAGCAUUAACACUUCAUUAUUAGUACUUGGUCGUGUGAUUCGUGCUCUCACCGAUACGGAAUAUAAAGCGGGAUCUUAUGUGCCUUACAGAGACUCGAAUCUCACUUUUCUGCUCAGGAAUUCCAUUGGUGGAAAUACCCGUACAUGUGUUGUCGUCACUUUGCAUCCUAAUGAACGAUUCUGUGAAGAAACUAUUUCUUCUCUCACGUUUGCUUACGAAAUGAAAAAGGUUAAAAACAAGACAAGAGUGAACGAAGAUUUAACUGGUGAAAAUAUUGUUGCAUGGAAAGCUGAAAUAUUGCGGUUAAAAUCCGAAUUGAGCGCUAUGACAGGUUAUUCUCAAAAUAAUGCAUUUUUGUAUUAA